UUCACAUACAGAAGAGAAAAAGUAUGAAAACUUUUGAUUGUUGGAAUUAUGUAGCACUCAUCUUUCUUGUGCUGCCCUGUUUCUUUGCAUUGGAGACGAAACCACCCGCCAGCCAAGCAGAAGCUGAAGCUCUUCUGAAAUGGAAGAGCAACAUGUCGUUGCCGUCUUCUUCUUCGCUCAAUUCAUGGUCACUAUCCAAUCUAAAAAACAUUUGUAACUGGACAGGUAUUGCCUGCAAUGGUGGUGGGGCUAUUUCUGAGAUCAAUCUUUCUCAUGCUGGCCUCUCUGGAGAUCUCACUCAGCUCAACUUUACUUCUUUCCCCACCCUCAAAAGCUUCAACAUCAGUUCUAACGAAUUCAGUGGAGCAAUCCCUCCUGCCAUUGGUGAUCUAUCAAACUUGGUUCUCUUGGACUUGGCCAGUAAUUCGUUUGAUGGAAGCAUUCCACCACAGAUUGGGAACUUGACGGAGCUUCAGUAUCUCUCCCUUGGUGGAAACAUUCUUACUGGUGUUCUUCCUCAUCAGAUCGGAAAUCUCCAGAAGGUAUGGUUUCUAGACCUUAAAGGUAAUUACUUAGAGGCUCCUGACUGGUCUAAAGUUAAGAGCUUUCCUAGGCUGAGACAUCUCACUUUAUCAUGGAGUAUGUUUGGACCAAAGUUCCCUAGUUUCAUACCAGGUUGUCGGAACCUGGUUUUUCUUGAUUUGGCCAUGAACUCUUUCGAAUCAAUCCCUGAGUCGUUAUUCACCAAUUUGGAGAAGCUUGAGUAUCUCGAUCUUUCUCGUAAUCAACUUUCACAGCCUUUAUCACCAAACAUCAGUAAGCUGUCCAAGCUCAAAAUUCUUUACUUAUUUGAAAGUUCAAUUCAAGGAGAAAUCCCGUCUUCUAUAGGCAAGCUCAAAAAUCUUCAAGUCUUGAAUAUUAAGAACAAUCGCCUGAAUUUAAGUAUUCCUUCUGAACUUGGUCAUUGCACUAACCUCAUUGAGUUGAACCUGUUUUCAAAUUCACUCACUGGACCAUUGCCCUCAUCACUUUCAUCUUUGACCAACCUAAAGACUUUGAUGCUUCAUUACAAUUACUUGAAUGGGAGUAUCCCAUUUGAAAUUGGUUUGCUCACAAAUCUUGAAUCCCUUUAUUUGGACAACAAUAACUUUUCAGGCACCAUUCCAACUCAGAUAGGAAACUUGCAAAAUUUAAUUAAUUUAGGAAUAUCUGAGAAUAGUCUAUAUGGUUCAAUACCUCAGACAAUUGGAAACCUCACAAGCCUCAUUGGUUUAGGACUUUCCAACAAUAAUCUCACUGGAAUGCUUCCACCUCAGAUAGGAAACUUGAAGAAUUUAAGUUCUCUAGACCUAUCAAAAAAUAGUCUCUAUGGCCCAAUUCCCCAAACAAUUGGAAAUCUCACUAACCUGGGUUAUCUUGACCUUUCUUCCAAUGAUUUCACCAAAACACUUCCACCUCAAAUAGGAAAUUUGCCAUAUUUGUUUUAUUUGUACCUGUCAGAUAACAACCUCUAUGGUCAAAUACCUAUGACAAUUGGAAACUUGCAGCAAUUGAAUAUACUUAACAUGACAAAAAAUAGCUUCUCUGGUCCAAUACCUCAAACAAUUGGAAAUCUCACAAGUCUCAGAAGUCUAUUUCUCUCUACCAAUAAUCUCAUUGGAACGCUUCCACCUCAUAUAGGAAACUUGCCCUAUUUGAGUGAUUUACACUUGUCAGAAAACAACCUCUAUGGCCCAAUAUCUCAUACAAUUGGAAACCUAACAAGACUCAGCACCCUACUCCUUUCCGCAAACAAUUUCAACGGAACACUUCUGUCUGAAGAUGGGAAUCUGCCAUCAAUGCUUAUCUCUUCACCAAUUUGCAAUUUAAAUUCUCUCCAAAUUUUGGUUUUGGCCAACAAUUCAUUGACUGGGCUAAUACCUCAAUGUUUGGGAAACAUUAGCAAAGACCUCUUAGUGUUAGAUUUGCAUCACAAUCAAUUUCAGGGGCCAAUCCCAACAAGUUUUAAGGUUGGCAAUUCAUUUACCAGACUUAAUUUGCGUGAAAAUCAAUUAGAGGGAACAAUGCCACGAUCUUUAAUCAAUUGUAAAGAAUUGGAAAUUAUUGAUCUUGGACAUAACAACUUGAGUGGUACAUUUCCAAUGUGGUUAGGAGUUCUUCCAAACUUGAAGGUUCUUAGCUUGAGAUUUAACAAGUUGAAUGGUUCCAUACCAAGUACAUAUGUUAAACGGUACUUGUUUCCUCAACUUCGUGUCUUUGACCUCUCUUACAAUGAAUUCACUGGGGAUUUUCCUACAAGACUUUUUAAGCAUUUUAAAGCCAUGGAAAAUGAAGAUCCACAACAGCAAAUGUACCUAAAUCAAAGCGACUAUUAUCAAGAUUCACUAGUGGUACAAAUAAAGGGGCAAUCUCGUGAAAUUGUGAAAAUAUUAAUCACGUUUACUACUGUUGAUCUCUCAUGCAACAAAUUUGAGGGCCAAAUUCCAUCUAGCAUCGGAGAUCUUCUUGCAUUACGUGAAUUGAAUUUAUCACAUAACAUAUUCACUGGCCACAUCCCAAUGUCUCUUGGAAAUUUAUCUGUGCUUGAAUCCUUAGAUCUGUCUUCAAAUCAAAUUGGCGGAACAAUCCCAGGUCAAUUGACAAGUAUUUCAUCUCUUGAAGUGUUGAAUCUCUCACAUAAUAAGCUUGUGGGAUGCAUACCUCGAGGUCCACAAUUCAAUACAUUUGAAGCAAAUUCAUAUCAAGGGAAUAGUGGAUUGAAAGGAAAACCUUUGUCACAAGGUUGUGAGAAUGGCAUGACACCACAACUUCCUGCACCAAAGUAUCUCAACCAAGAAGACGAUUCUAGUUUUUUGAGUGGAUUCACAGUAAAAGUUGUGGCAAUAGGGUACGGUUGUGGUAUUCUUUUUGGAUUAUUCAUGGGAAGUCUUAUGCUCCUAACUGGAAGGCCAGAAUUCAUUGCAAGGUUUGUUGAAGAAGAAGCAUACAAACUAGCAAUGAAGAUCAAACGGAGAAGAUCAAAAACAAGAAGAAGAAGAAACUAUAGAAAUCUAGAGCAUAUUUCUUGGGUGAAAAAACAAGUAAUUUUGUUCUUCAAAAAAAAAAAAAAAAAAAACUCAACUAUGGGAAAUUUUGGUUGCAACUAUACAGCACUCAUCAUCUUUCUUGUGCUGCCAGCAUGUUUCUUUGCAUCAUCAGCAUCAACAACUGAAGCUGAAGCUCUUCUCAAAUGGAAGAGCAGCUUGUUGAUAUCUUAUUCACUCAAUUCAUGGUCACUAUCCAAUCUAAGAAACAUGUGUAAUUGGACGGGUAUUGUCUGCAAUGGCGGUGGAGCUACUACUGUUUCUCAGAUCAAUCUUCCUUAUGCUGAUCUCUAUGGUACUCUUCACCACCUCAAUUUUACUUCUUUUCCCAGCCUCACUCGUUUCAACAUCAGUGGAAACUUCUUCAAUGGAUCAAUCCCUCCUGCCAUAGGUGACUUGUCCAACUUGGUCUUCUUGGACUUGAGCGAGAAUAGGUUUGAUGGAAGCAUACCGCCACAGAUUGGGAAGUUGAGGGAGCUUCACUACCUCUCCCUUUACUUCAACAAUUUUAGUGGAGUUGUUCCCCAUCAGAUUGGCAAUCUUCAAAAGGUAUGCUUCCUGGACCUUGGAUUAAAUUCUUACUUGGAAGCUCCCGAUUGGUCUACAAUUAAGAGUUUUCCUGUGCUGAGACAUCUCAGUUUCUUUAGGAAUGAAUUUGGACCAAGGUUCCCUGAUUUCAUACUAGGUUGUAGGAACCUAACUUAUCUUGAUUUGAUUGGAAACUAUUUGAAUGGAUUAAUCCCCGAGUCAUUGUUCACCAAUUUGAAAAAACUUGAGUGUCUCUAUCUUUCUGCCAAUAACUUUUCAGGACAUUUAUCUUCUAUAGGCCAACUUAAAAAUCUUCAAAGAUUGUAUAUUGAAGGUAAUGAAUUCAAUUCAAGUAUUCCUUCUGAGCUUGGUCGUUGCACUAACCUCACUCACUUAGAUUUCCGUUUAAAUUCAUUCUUUGGAGCAUUGCCUUCGUCACUGUCAUCUUUGACAAAGUUGUCUAUGUUACUUUUAACUGAUAAUUUUCUUUCUGGUAAUAUUUCACCAAAUUUUUUCUCCAAUUGGACCAGGCUAAAAUCUUUGAGCCUUCAGAACAAUUCAUUCAACGGGAGUAUUCCAUCAGAAAUUGGCUUGCUAACCAAUCUUGGAUUCCUUUCCUUGGAUUCAAAUCAAUUUUCUGGAAACAUUCCAACUCAUAUAGGAAACUUGCAGAAUUUAAUUUACUUAGAUAUGUCGAAAAACAACUUUUAUGGUUCAAUACCUCAAACAAUUGGGAACCUCACAAGCCUCUCAAUCUUAGACCUUUCCACAAACAAUCUCACUGGAACACUUUUGUCGGAGAAUAAGGAUCUAACACCAACACUUAUCUCUUCCAUCAUUUGCAAUAUAAAUUCUCUCAAAAUUUUGGAUUUGGCAAACAAUUCAUUAUCUGGGCCAAUACCUCAAUGUUUAGGAAACAUUAAUCUCUCUGUGUUAGAUUUGCACCGGAAUCAAUUUCAUGGGCCAAUUCCAACAUUGGGCAACUCUUUGAACAGCCUUAACUUGCGUGAAAAUCAAUUGGAAGGAACAUUGCCGCAAUCUUUAAUCAAUUGUAAAGAGUUGGAAGUUCUUGAUCUUGGACACGACAACUUGAAUGGUACAUUUCCAAUGUGGUUAGGAGUUCUUCGAUACCUAACGGUUCUGAGUUUGAGAUUUAAUAAGUUGAAUGGUUCCAUAACAAGCACGAGUAUCAAAGGAUACAUGUUUCCUCAACUUCGUGUCUUUGACAUCUCUUACAAUGAAUUCAUAGGAGAUUUGCCUACUAUGCUUUUUAAGAUUUUUAAAGCAAUGGCAAAUGAAGAUGAAGAUAGAAUACCACAAGGACAAAUGUACCUAAGUCAGAAAUACUACUAUUACCAAGAUUCAUUAGUGAUAGGAAUGAAAGGACAAGAACGUGAAAUUGUUAAAAUAUUAAUCACGUUUACUGCUAUCGAUCUCUCAUGCAACAAAUUUGAAGGCCAUAUUCCAAAUAGCAUCGGAGAUCUUCUUGCACUACGUGAAUUAAAUUUGUCACAUAACAUGUUCACCGGCCUCAUCCCAGCGUCUCUUGGAAAUUUAUCUGUCCUUGAAUCCUUAGACCUUUCUUCAAAUAAAAUUGGCGGACCAAUCCCUGGGCAACUAGCGAGAAUUUCAUCUCUUGAAGUGUUGAAUCUCUCACAUAAUAAGCUUGUGGGAUGCAUACCUCAAGGCCCACAAUUCAAUACAUUUGAAGUGAAUUCAUUCCAAGGAAAUGAUGGAUUGAAAGGAAAACCUUUGUCACAAGGUUGUGGGAAUGGCAUGACACCACAACUUCCAACACCAAAGAAGCUCCACCAAGAAGACGAUUCAAGUUUUUUGAGCGGAUGUACCAUAAAAGUUGUUGGAAUGGGAUACGGUUGUGGUAUUCUUUUUGGAUUAUUCAUGGAAAGUCUCAUACUCCUAACUGGAAAGCCAGAAUUCAUUGCAAGGUUUGUUGAAGAAGAAUCAUACAAACUAGCAAUGAAGAUCAAACGAAGAAGAUCAAAAACAAGAAGGAGAAGAAACUAGCAUCAAUGAUGACAAAUACUCGAGACAAAGGAUGUUGUUGUUAAAGAAGUGAUUUGGUUUGUUGCCGACUCAGAAGCCACCUCCCAAGUACUGUCGACUUUCAUAUAUGAUCUAUCUCUAGUUAGGUGUUUCAAUUCAUGCAUGAUGAAUAAUGUCAAUAUGUUCAAUUCAUGUCUUAGAGCUUGUUUUCUAGUAAAAUGGAUUUGUUAUGCUUAUGUUUAUUAUCUCAAAACAAAAUUCUUCA